CUAUAUAAACUGCACUCAGCGAGUAGAGCUCACAGCUUCAGUGGACAGCUCCGUGGUGCUGAAACCUCAGAGACACCACACACACUCAGUCACUCUCCCCAAGCCGCGAUACAUGACUGGAACCAUGGACGGAUUCUCGUGGAAACUUUUUCUACUUUCUUGCCUGGUUGUUUUGGAGAACUCUGCGCAAGACUUCGGACAGACGCAGUUUAUUUGCACGUCGGUACCCAAGGAUAUGGACUUGUGCGCGGCCACGAUGCAGAACAGCGGGCCGGCGGAGGACUUGAAGACCACGGUCAUGCAGCUGAGGGAGACCGUGCUACAGCAAAAGGAGACCAUUAUGAACCAAAAGGAGACAAUCAGGGAACUAACGUCCAAGUUGAGCCGCUGCGAGAGCCAGAGCCUCCCGGCGGCGGGACCAGGCGGAAGACGGCCGGGGUCGAAGAACACGAUGGGGGAUGUAUCCCGGGGCACCACGGACACUCUGGCUCAGCUGGGACAGACUUUACAGACGCUGAAACAGAGACUGGAGAAUCUAGAGCAAUACAGCCGAGGGAACAACACCGUGCAGGCGAACAGCCUGAAAGAUCUGCUCCAAAACAAGAUAGACGACAUGGAAAAGCAGGUUCUGUCCCGGGUCAACACGAUAGAGGAGACCAAACCUGCUUCCAGGAAUGACACCGAGCAGCGGAACAGAGUGGAGUCCACGCUCACCUCUCUGCACCAUCGGAUCACAGACCUGGAGAAAGGUAAAGACACCAGGCCAACUGAUAAGUUUCAGCUCACCUUCCCCCUGAGAACCAACUACAUGUACGCCAAAGCCAAGAGGAGCCUUCCUGAGAUGUACUCCUUCAGUGUGUGUCUGUGGAUCAAGUCCAACGCCUCUCCUGGGGUGGGGACACCCUUCUCCUACGCUGUCCCGGGUCAGUCCAAUGAGCUAGUGCUGAUCGAGUGGGGGAACAACCCUAUGGAGAUUCUCAUCAAUGACAAGGUUGCACAGUUGCCGUUCCUCAUCAACAAUGGAAAAUGGCAUCACCUCUGCAUCACGUGGACCACCCGUGAUGGGAUGUGGGAAGCCUUCCAGGACGGAGUGAUGCGGGGCAGUGGAGAGAAUCUGGCACCGUACCAUCCCAUCAAACCAGAGGGAGUGCUGGUCCUGGGACAAGAGCAGGACACUUUGGGAGGAGGCUUUGACGCAACACAAGCUUUCGUCGGUGAACUAGCAAACUUAAAUAUCUGGAAUAGGAAACUUUCUAUCGCUGAGAUCUACAACUUGGCCACCUGCAACAGCAAAGCACCGGCUGGCAACGUGUUCUCCUGGACAGAGAGCAACAUCGAAAUAUUUGGUGGAGCGACCAAAUGGACCUUCGAGCCUUGCCGUUCACUCAACUGAACUGCAUUUCACCGUUCAAGAGAGGCCUCUCUGUAUUUCUGAGCUUUUGUCGUUCUUGUCUUCAUUUGACGUUUGUUAGAGACUAUUUGAGUUAUUGGUAAGCUUAAAUCUGGGAUUUCUUUCAUUCUUAGGUAUUUAUGUGCAAAACAACACUUCAUCUUGAGGAAAAAAAAAAUCUAAUUCGUCUUGGAAACCUCAGUGAGAAAGUAUUGGUAUCUGUUUCUCCUUUGUUUUCUCGGACGUUCAGUUCAAAGCACACCUAAGCUUUUCGUUUGGCUUAUUUCGUCUUGGACUGGCAGCUGGCAAUCUGCGCCUUAUGUCUGGACAAUUCACAAUCCAAGUGAGGAAUUACAUAACCGCUCCCACCCCCAUCUCUCUGGAAAGUGGGAGAUUACGCUGUCCAUCCAAUUCUUGUCAGUGUUUGGCGCUGUGAAGUGAUGUCUGACGCGGUACAGCUCCCUGCGAACCCCCCCCCCCCCCCCCCCCCCAACAACAACACCAUCAUCCCCUUGUUCUCCUUCACUCUGCCCCACCCCUCCGGAACUUGCACUGUGACUGACGAAGAGAUCGCCAGGAGAGGAGGGUAUGUUGAAGGACAUUGCAAAGUCAGACUGUGGUACAAGUCAAUUUGUAAUCGUUGUUCGCUUCAAGUAUUUCUGUAAGAAUGUCGUUAACUUGCCAACAUUGCUACAAAGCCUGGGUGCCUUGGGCUGGUACAAAUAUUCAGCACAUUCAGUAUGUUUUCAUUUGCAAAUUCAAUGUUUAUUGGUUUCUGUUUUCUUUCCUGAGCUGGGUUGAGUUUCUUGUUUCUCUGGUAAAUGUAAUUUAAUUACAGUUUGUUAUCUGACAUGACGUGUUUUGGCAGGUGUUUGUACUACUCUGUAUUAGGAAUGUUACAGUAUGUGUAUAGUAACAGCAUGAAUGACAGAGUGCUGUGAAAGCAUUGUUGAAAUCUGCUUUACUAUCUUCUCUGGGUCUGGGUUUUUUACUGUAUUGUUAUAUGCUCCAAGCAUGGCAAAACUGAGAGAUGAAGAAAUUUAAUUUUUGUAAUAAAAUUGUG